GAGCUGUCACGAGGGCGUGGCUCUAGUUGAGUACUUUAGGUGCGCCUCAAACAGGUUUCCUGUAAAUUGGAGAGGUGAACUUUCAGCGGCGGCAAAGCUCGGAGAAACACAUGAGUUUUGAUCUCUCUUCAGCUAUGGGUGACAAAGAGGAGAAGAUCACGAAGGAGGAAGCACAGAAGGAUGAGUUCAGCUUACCUUGGAGCAAAAACAAAAAUAAAGACAAAAAGGGUGACAAGUCCGAUAGCAAGGACAAGUCUGAUCACAAGGAAAAGUCCAAGGACAAGUCUGAUCACAAGGAAAAGUCCAAAGAUAAGUCUGAUCACAAGGAAAAGUCCAAAGACAAGUCUGAUCACAAGGAAAAGUCCAAAGACAAGUCUGAUCACAAGGACAAAGAUGGAAAGAAGAAGAAGAAGAAGGAAAAGAAAGAUGGUUCCUCAUCUUCCGGCAGUGAUGAGGAUUGAUCUCCCCUGUGGACCUGGCCUGCUCUGUUUGCCACUCCAUUCUUGUUUGUUAUAAUGGUGUAUGUGGUUUAUCUGUACACAAUGUAAAACAAAACUGAUCUGAAGAAGUAAACAGUUACAAGAAGUCUA